AUGACUGGCAUCCUAGAUGAGCUGAGGAAAGCUCAGUACAUCACCACCCUCGAUCUGAGCCAAGCAUAUUUUCAAAUUGAGCUUGACGAGACAUCAAGGGAGAUCACCACCUUCGUAGUACCAGGUAGUGGGCUGUUCCAGUUUAAGAGCAUGCCAUAUGGCCUUACGAAUGCACCUGCAAUAUUCCAGCGACUAUUGGACAAGAUUGUUGGUAUUUCUCUACACCCCAGUGUGUACGUAUACCUGGAUGACAUUAUCAUCAUCUCCAGGACCUUUGACGAGUACCUGAGUAUGCUCGAGGAGGUCCUGCGAAGACUGAAGGAUGCACAACUCGUAAUCAACCGGGAGAAAAGCGAGUUUUGUUGCUCCCAGGUGAAGUAUCUCGGAUUUCUGGUGAACAGUGCGGGAUUGCAGAUCGAUCCCGAAAAGGUCGAAGCGGUCUUGCAAUACCCUGUACCCCAGAAUCUCAAGCAAUUGCGCCGUUUUCUAGGAAUGGCUUCAUGGUACCGUCGUUUCAUCCCAGGUUUUGCAACUGUCGCCGAACCUCUGACGAGAUUAAUGAAGAAAAGCCAAGCUUGGGAAUGGAUGGAGGAGCAGGCCAGAGCUCUGGACACUUUGAAAAGACAUCUCACCUCAUCCCCGACGUCCGCCUGCCCAGACUUCUCCCAGCCAUUCACCCUCCAAACAGACGUAAGCAGCGUACCUAUAGGGGCAGUGCUCACCCACGAAAUUGAUGGGGAAGAGCGUGUCAUAGCCUACGCUAGCCGUGCUCUAACAGAGACUGACAAAUGUUAUACGGUAACAGAACAGGAAUGUUUGGCUGAGAUUUGGGCCAUCGAAAAGUUCCACUGUUACUUGGAGGUCAUAGUAGUAGACCAUAGUAGUCUCCGAUGGCUACACAACCUGAGGAAUCCAACUGGUCGUCUCGCCAGAUGGGCGUUGAGCCUGUUGGAGUACGACUACCAGAUCAUCCAUAUUAAAGGAGCGUUGCACCACGUCCUAGAUGCUCUAUCAAGAGCACCAGAGGGCUUAAUUGCCCCUGAUGAGGGCACGAUACAACGGAUGCAAGAGACAACCGAUAAAUGGUACACUCGUCGGUUUCGAGAUGUUCAGCAUGCUCCCGAUAGGUUCCCCGAUUGGAAAAUCGAGGGAGAGCUGCUGUACACCCACCGACAGAGAGCAGUUAGAUGUGAUCUGUUCACAAAGUGGAUAGAGGUUUUUCCCCUACGAAGUACAACGGGCAGAAGGAUCAGGGAAGUCAUCGAACGUGACGUGAUCAACAGAUGGGGAACACUAUGCUUAUUCUACUCAGACAACGGCCUGGAAUUUGUCAAUAAGGACAUAAAGGCCCUAGCGAAGGAAAUAGGAAUGACCCUCCAGAAUACUCCACCCUAUCACCCCCAGGGUAAUCCAGUGGAAAGGGUCAACAGAGUGCUGAAGAUGAUGCUGAGAGCCUUUACGGAUGAUGAUCACCGCGAGUGGGAUCGUCAUCUCCACGAGUUUUGCUUUGCCUACAACACCGCAGUUCACAGCUCUCUAAAAGCAUCUUCAGCCUUCGCAAAUUUUGGGAGAGAACCUACAAUUUCAGCAUCACUGAGACGAGAAUUAGAGGGAGAAGUAACGCCCAUCCCAUGCGACCCCCAGGAAUGGGUUGAGCGUAUGAAGAGAUUGGAAACGCUACGAAAAGUCAUCAAACAUGCCCUGAGGAAAGCCCAAGACCGGCAGGCCCACUACUACAAUCUACGACAUCGAAGCAGUGAAUUCGAGAUUGGGGAGUUAGUGCUCCGAAGGACGCACACUCUUUCGAAUGCAGCCAAGAGGUGCUCAGCAGCUCUCGCAAAGCCAUUCGAUGGUCCGUAUGUGAUCGAUAAGAAAUUAUCGAGCACGCGAUAUGAGCUAGGUGAUAAGAAGUUGCAUAGGGAGGCGCCGAAGGAGACAAAGAAGAAGAGAGGGGUGAAGGACAAGAGAAAGGACACUGGGGUAGUAGGAGUGAAGACCCAGCCAGUCCUGUUGGAGGAUCCCAGGCAGAUCCCCGAGCAUCCGCCAAGUCAACUCCUCGAGGAUGACCCUGAACCCCAAAUAGUCAUGGUUGUUCAAGGAGAUGCGACAGAGAAGUUAGCACUCUUGGACACCGACGAAACUCAGGGGUCUACCCACAAAAUCAUUCCAGAUCCCCUCGAGAUCAUGGAGACUGACGCAUCAAUACCUGGUCACCUGGAUAACCUGGAGAUGUCUUCAGGUGAGCAGGACAAGCCUAGCCCCCUGAUGAUACCUGCAAUCACUCCAGUGGCCCCAGAAACCCGAAAAGGAGAUGAGAGUAGCUCUCAGGGGCGAAACCAAAUUCUGGAGAAGGAAAGUGGAAAAGUCCCAGCAGACGAACAGCCGUCUAGCCCCAUGGAGAUCCAGGAAGAGGACAAAGGGAUAGCUACAGGUGAGCAGGUCACACCUAGCCCCGUGUCAGCCCCAUCCAUAGUCCCAGGUAAACGGAGUGAAGCCAGCUCCCUGGACAACCCCAACCAUGAGCAAGCUGGUGAGAAAGACUUGACGUCUGGUGAGCAAACAUCAUCUAGCUCCUAG